ACAACACACAAAAAAAGAAAAUUUUCCGUAUAAAUCUGAAGAAAAUUUUAAGUAAUAAUAGAUUUCAGUGCUAAAAAGUGUGUUAAAAAAUAAUUUAUUAAUAAUGGAAUUGGAUUGGCAACAUGAAUUUUAUGAAAUAAAAGAUCGUGGUCUGCAUUUAUUGCAGACAGAAAAAUGGGCAGACUGUCGUUUCCUGGUUGGAGGUGCACCACCAAAUCAAAAAAUUAUUGCAGGUCAUAAACUAAUCUUGACAAUGGCUUCGCCUGUAUUUGAGCGAAUGUUUUAUGGUCAGUUGGCCGAUAAAGAUGAUCCGAUUGUUAUACCAGACGUUCAGCCAGAUGCCUUUCAAGCCAUGUUGGAAUACAUUUACUCGGACCGCAUUAAUAUCAGUUCAUUCGACAAGGCCUGUGAGUUGUGCUAUGUGGCUAAGAAAUACAUGUUGCCGCAUGUGGUGGAGCAAUGUACCCGAUUUUUGUGGUCUGACUUGAGUCCAAAGAACGCAUGCCGAGCUUACGAAUUUGCCAAACUUUUUGACGAGCCACGCUUGAUGCAAAGCAGUAUGGAGUUAAUAGCUGGCCAUACUAGAGAAGUUUUGGCAGAUCCCAGUUUCAUGGAUAUUGAAAUGUCCACAUUAAUGGCUAUUUUGGAUCAGGACAAGUUAAAUAUUGACUCUGAAUUGGAUUUAUUUAAUGCCUUAUUACGUUUUGCCAGUGAACGUGGCAUGUUUAGAGAAGAAUCCAUACAGAGCAGUGGUCAAAACGUCGACCAAAGUCCAACGGUGUCUGCUAAUGGUGGGGGAGGUUUGUUGCAAGUCGAAGAAAUUAAAAUGGAGCCUGAUGUUAAUGCCAUGAUGCAGGGUCAUGAUGAGGAUUAUAAUGAUGAAAGUUUCCACCACAGUGUGCCCUCUCCUGAUGUUGUUGUUGUGGAUAGUGAUACAUCUGUCACUGAUGCUUCCGAAAACGAAGCAGUAGUACCAACAACGGCACGACCACAUUCCGUUUCGUACGAACAACCGACCACCUCUGCCGCUGCAGCUGCUGCAGCAGCAGCAAAUGCAUCUAAUCUCAAUUAUUUUAUGGAUACUCAACAUUCAAUAAUAGACGAAGAUAUGUUGAAAAGGGCAGUCAAGAAAAUUCGUUUUCUUACCAUGUCACCACAACAAUUUGCUGAAGGUCCAGCACGCUCUAAACUAUUGCAACAACACGAAGCUUUGGCUAUACUUAUAAAGAUUUCUAGUCCAUCCAUUAAUGACUGCCCAAUGCCUGAGGGAUUUUGUAGUUCUCGUUGCAGUCGCAACUAUUAUGAGCAGCGCAGUAGUCAGCGUGAUUUACCCGGCUUCCAUCAUAUUCACACACCCAAUAAUUUCCUACAGGGCAGUGGAAACGUAUGUAAUUAUGCUCCCAUGGAUGCUUCGGUGGAUCAUGUUCAGCCACAAGUUUUGAGCUCAAAUCGAACUUGUAAUUUACCAACCAAUAAUAAUGCCCACAAAACUCGGGACAAUGCCGCUGUGUCUUUGGUAUCAGGUGGUGGGGAUUCAGAUGUUGCUACAAAUGAUACUCGACGUUCUUAUUGUGUACGCACAGUAAAUCCUCAAUUUGACUAUCGUAAUACUAGUGUAACCGAUUGUGGUUUAACAUUUCAAGUUGAUACAAAUAUUUGGAUAACAGGUGUCCAAGUGCCCACUCAAGUGCUUUGUGGUGAACUCAUGAACUCUGCUGGUUUUUCCGAACGUUAUACCGAAAUUUUGUACGCCCACAUACAAGACAUCCAAGGUUCACGUCUUAGCUACACCCAUUGCACAUCUCGCGUUCGCUAUGACUCUUUGCUAGAAAUCUCAUUCGAUCGACCGGUUUACAUUUAUCGUAAUCAAAUUUAUAAGGUGUUUGUAGUCUUUAACAAAAUCGGUUGGUAUCCCAUGUACACCUCUGUGCCGGAUGUCAUCUGCAAUCGAGUUAAAUUUCGUUUUAAUGUUGGCGAUCCCAGUGAGUCAGUACGUGAUGGUCUAAUACGCGCCAUUGUCUUUUCAACACCACAAGACAAUAGCAGACAUGUAAUUGAGUAAGAAUUUGUUAACGGAUUGAAAAUCGAAGCACGAUUUUAGAUAUAAAGAAGACUAUAUGGCAAUAUAAGCACAAUUUGUUUAAAAAAAAUAAAUACAUAUGUAUGUACAACUUAUUUUUGCUUAAUUUAGCUAUGCUUAAAGGAAAUAAUGCAUGUUAUGUUUUAGGUUUUAUUUUAUAAAAAAAAGUAUUAUGUAAUUGGAAUUCUCAGAAAUAAAUGUUUUGUUUUAAAAUGUC